CAGCGUUUACAUAGUAAAAACAUGUGUUCAGCUUGUACAGUAAAUCUUAGGAAACCCCCCAGUCCCGUGUAUCCCCAGAGCUCGCCUGAAGUGUGCCCAACUUUCCCAUGCAUCUCGCCCCCGCUGCAUCCAUCCGUCCUCCAUCCACACGCAACCUCUUCCCUGAACUCACAACUUCUCAGCCCCUCCCUCAGGAGCACAUUUAUACCAUAUUACACCUAAUAAUCGUGUAACUUUCAGCACGUCUUAGUCCAUGAUGCCAAGCACUGUCACUGCAUGAUGCCCACCACCACCACCACCACAUGUUGUCACUGCGUGAUGCCCACUGCCCUUCUCACUGUGGCGUCUCCCACCCCUCUCUCUCCAUGAUGCCCCCCACCCCUCUCCAUGAUGCCCACCACUCCUCUCACUCACACCCUAGCGCCUUCUUUGCCCAUCUCCUCUCUCCACCCUAGGAGAAGCCCCUCCACGAUCAGCUCUCCUCCCCUUUUCCAUCCUCCACCCCUUUCAGCCGUCUCAAGCCUGCAUCUAUAAGCACUGAGGGGUAUUCUACCAGCUGCAUGUACUAACUAAUAUCCCCUUAAAAGACUGGCUGAAAUAGAGAACUUCACCUUGGAUCACAGAGAGAUCAUUUUAGGGAAAUAUCGAAUCACAGAUCAGAUGUAAGAAGAGAACUUGCUGUGUGCAGUUUGGAAGAAAAACAAAUCUUGAUAAAACAGAAAAAAGUGAACUGAAGAAUACUGCUUGACUACACAUCAUGAGUUGUGUCCCCUGACAUUGAGAAUUCCAUUGUUUUUUAUGAUUUUGUGAAUGCCAGUGAAGAAUAAGAAGAAAAAGAUGUAUGGUUGGUGGAGCAGGUAAUUAUUAGACAAACUGGGGGUCGGACGAAAUAAAUGUGAGACCGGCUCUUGCAUGUUCAGCGGAGGAACAUUUGGGUUUUCAGAUGGCGGAUGUUACAUGGGAGACUGGCAGGAAGGUCGAGCACAUGGAUAUGGGGUAUGCAAGGGCCCUACAAGGCAGGGUGAAUACAGUGGCCUUUGGAACCACGGAUUUGAGUCUCUUGGAGUUUAUACCUGGCCCAGUGGAAACACAUAUCGUGGCUACUGGGACCAAGGCAAGAGGAAUGGGUUAGGCGAGGAACACAAAGGACGAUGGUUGUAUCGGGGAGAGUGGACUCAUGGGCUAAAGGGAAAGCUUGGUGUGAGAGAGAGCCUGUCUGGAGCACGAUACGAAGGUCUAUGGACAGAUGGACAGCAGGAUGGUUAUGGGAUGGAGACAUAUUCAGAUGGAGGUACAUAUCAAGGCCAGUGGCAGUCCGGUAAGCGUCAUGGAUAUGGGGUACGUCAGAGUGUCCCAUAUCACCAAGCUGCAUUGCUUCGUUCUCCUCGAACACCAACUCUCAAUUCUUUGCCUAACUCCCCUGAUGCCCUCUCCAACACGACUCCAGGACUCCUUCCAGGAAGCCCUGCUUCUGGAUCUCGUGGAGGUUUUGUUCUGAAAGUUAGAGGAGUUGGAUCAGAGGCCCCAGGACCUGGAAGUAGUGGCAAGCCAAAAAAAAGAGGCUUUUUCUUCACUCGUUCACUUAUACUCAGUGGGUUCAGACUGCAUCGUGGAUCCGACAACAAAGGUCCAUUAAGUGGUCGUGACAGCCAACGUAGUUCUUUGAGAAGUGAGACACGUGGUGCGGGGGGAUCCUUGGGAUCUAGUGCAAGUCAAGAUGGAUCAAGUGCCAGUGUAGCAGAACUAGAGUCUGAGUUGCCAAUUGCUGCCUGGGAAACUGAGACUUAUGCUGGAGAGUGGAAAGGUGACCGACGAAGCGGGCAUGGUGUAAGCCGUAGAUCCAAUGGCCUUUGUUAUGAAGGAGAAUGGCUGAGGAAUCGACGACAUGGUUAUGGUAGGACAACUUAUCCUGAUGGUUCUCGAGAGGAAGGCAAGUACAAGAUGAAUAUGUUGGCCAGCGGUAAGGUGAAGAGUCUGUUCCCAUUGCGCAGAGGUAAAGGGAGGGAGAAGGUGGAAAGAGCAGUAGAGGCUGCAAGAAGAGCAGAGGGAACUGCCAAGCAGAAACAAGAGAUGGCACUGGCCAGUGCGGCCGAUGCUCGUCUCCAAGCGGAUUCAGCUUCUGUCGCUGCUUCACAGGCACUGGAGGCCUCACGUGCUGCACGGAUCCUUUCCCAUGACCUGGAGGAACUGCUGGAGGCAUCAAGUUCACAGUGUGUGCAGGAUGAGGAGGAACACAUUGCUGAGGGUGACAUACCAUGGCUUAGGCAGUGUCCCACUGAGAUUUGUAAUGAUGGGACACCUUUGUCUGACCAAACCCCAGAACACAGCUUGCCUCCCAGCCACCCAAACACACCCCCAAGUCUUUCAUGCUGCCAUCUGAGAGAAGGGACUCCAUGCCCCCCCAUCCAGGAAGAAGAUAGUCCUUCUCAGUUGGGAACCCCCACACAUAUGUUUGACCACUCAGAGGAGCAAGGACCCAUUGAAUCCACCCCUGAAAUAGGACUAAAUGAGCCUUCACCCAGCAUAGAAUGCAUGGAAGAACCUGUGGAUGCAGGGGGGACAAAUGAGCCCCCCAAAAAAUCUUGUAUGCAAAUGGAUGCUGAUCCUCUUGUGGUGGCUGUUGUGCUGUUUCUUGAUGUUUCGCUCGCAUUCCUCAUCUCGUAUUUUCUGACAUGAGAUGAAAAGUGUUCCUUUUUACACUCUCACAAAGUCUCUCCUACCUGUCCGUCCUUCUCUACCUCUCUACCCCUAAUGUUUACAUAAAAAGGGCUUUUCUCUCUUCCUUUUUCUUGUCUCUCAUACUCUCCCUGUGUCUACUACUGUCACGCUCUCCCCAUCUCACUUUUUUUGCUGGCGACACAUGUCACACUCUGAUGGUUUAGCACUUUCUCCCAACAACUGCAUCUUCAAAUUGACCACACAACUGGAAGGGCAAAUUACAAAGAUCCAGUUGUUCAGACGGGGCAGGGCUAAAUACCGUAGUCGAGGGCAGCCAAUGCAGAUGUUGAUGACCACACACUAGAACAAUGUGGUCAUCUGCUUUAUUUUAGCUUCUGUAAUUAGAUCACAUUUUUAUCACGCGGAUUGAGGUCACAGCCUUUGCUGUAAACUGACCAAAUUGGUAACGUAAAUCUUUGAAUGUAUCGCCAGCUUUAAUAUUGGAGAUUCAUCAAUCCCAGUAAAAUAACACAAUGGACUAUGACUGUUGAAAACUCUUUACUAAUUGUUUUAUUACUAUCCUUUCUACCUUUAUCUUACAAUGCCCAACUGUUUCAUGUACUCUUUCUUUCUCUACUCUAUCCUACUGAGUAUGCUUUCAAGGAAUGUGAUGAUCCUGUUCAGUAUAUUUGCAAGUUUCAUUUUCCAUUGCAGUAGAAUAUUCUACCUAAAGUCAUCCCUACUACAGCCUCCACAGCAAGCCUCACACUGGUAUGCGCUCCCCUUUCCUGCAUCCCUUUUAUUAGAUCCGUAUUCAGUGCAUCCCCAUCUUAUCACGUCCUCUUAUGACUUCUACACCUUCUUCCAUAUUGCCUGAAUUCUUGCUUUAUUCUGUCGCCUGUUUUUCUCCUUAAAUUGCCUUGUGCCCCUGUUGCCUCAUGCUUUAUGCCCCCUGUUCAGAGCAUGCACUUCACUCCUAUUUUUGUAGCAGUAUUUUGCCUUUGAUUGAACCUGAAAGAUGCAAAAAAUUAUAUAAUUAAAGUUAAAAUAAUAAAACCAUAAAAUGUCAUAUAA